AGGGGCUGCCACAGCAUGGCCUCGGGGAGGACGCUGAAGUUCGCCCUGUGCGAGGUGCUGCAGUUUGUAGGCCUAUGCGUGCCGCUCUUCAUCGUCAUGCAAAGGUUUGCCCUCAUCGUGGCGCGGGUCAAGAGCAUGGCGCAGCCUCCUGGCGACGCCAGCACCGCCUACUGGCUCAUCGUGGCCUCCUCCAUCGCCUAUGUCACCUCCACAGCCCUGCUGGUCUGGGUGCCCAUGAAGUACAUGGUGUUCACAAAUAAGACGUUUCUUGUCGGCAGGAAGAAGUGGAGGCCAGUGGCCCUGGUCUAUGUGAUCCUCUCCACAUUACCCUGCUUUGCCUUUCUCAUCGCCAGCUCAGAGGUGCAGAUCAAUAACAGUAUAAGACAGGACACGUUCGCAGAGCUCCCCGUGUCGCUGAUGCUCUUCUCCCUCAUCUGCAUCGAUAUCCUGGAGAGGAUCCGCCACUGUCGACUCACUGGACACGCUAAUGAAUUGGACCGAGAUGCUGAGAUCCCUUCCAAUGUCCUCACACACGUGGAGCACCUACGCGGAACCCCAGUGACACCAGUAAACCCAGCAAACCCUGCAUCACCCGUAACGCCAGCUGUGCCCGGGCAACCUGCACAACCAGGGCAACCUGGUGGUCCAAAUGGGCAGGACCAGAACGGGGCGGGCUCUCGACCAGAGGCCAAUGGGACUUUCCAGGGGAUGUCAGGGGGGAUGUCAGGGGGGAUGUCAGGUAACCAGAUACCAGGGAGACAGUUUAGCAUCUCAGGCCUGAGCUCACGCUCGGCACGCUCGGCACGUUCUGCACGCUCGGCACACUCUGCCAGCACGUCGGUGGACCGUGGCGUCUCACCAUACGCCUACACAGGGCCGCUGCAAUUCCUGUGUGCCAGCGAUGCCCGAGCCGAGGUAUUUGUGGACAGCUUUCUGUUCUGGAUGGACACAGUGGAGAUGGUGAGGGUGGCUGGGCACCCAGCCGUCUACUACUCGGGCUGGGUGUUCCCUAUCUACAUCUUCAGCUACCUGUCGUGCCUGCGGCUGGUGGUCAUGCCCCACAGUCCCCUGCUGUCAUCACUAGGUGUGGCCUUGCAGGAUCUGCCCUUCCUGUUUGUGCGUAUCGGCCUCAUCGCCUUCUUCGGCUUCGUCACGCCCCUCCUCUACCUGAUGAAGAACCUGCUCGUCUGCCUGGCCUUCAUCUACUUCAACUUCAUGACCAAGCUGAGGGUCUUCAACACCGAGAGGAUGUUCUGAUCUGAGUCGCCAGUCAAGGAUGAGAAUAAACAAUGGACUACAACCCACUGGGCAAAAACUGGUUUCCACAUCAUUUCAACCCUCCCACCAAAAAUGUGAUGACGUUGUCAUCAACGUAAGGGAAUUUAUUUAUUUGUUUUUACAAUUUCUUUUUAACCUAAAUCCAAUGUCAUGGUGAUCUUUUUUGUUGAUUUCACAUUGAAUUCACCAUUCAAUCAAAAGUCAAUCAAAACUAGACGUUGAAGUUACGUCUGUGCCCAGUGGAAAUGGACUUCAUAACAGAGACACCAAAACCAAAACAACAUCUGACUCACACGGCGAUGAGAAGAAUUGGAGCGGAUUCCUGUGUUCGGCACAGCAAAGAGAGAUUGAUCCAUUUCAUAACGAUGAUUCUGAUUAAAGGAGGGACAGGAUGACAUUGUGGUGCUUUUUUGCAGGCUAAAAGGGAACUCUUUGGCAAUUUGUUCCCGUAAAGGGGAUGGAGGACAUUGACUGUCAGAGGACUAUGUGUUGUCUUAGUGUUAUCUUAUUUCCUAUUUGUUCACCGUAGUUUUUUUACCCCCCAACUCCCCUUGCCCCUUGUCCCCAACCUGAACCAUGGCACUUUGAGAAUGUAAUGAACCUGUCAUGUCACUUACAGAUUUGAUAACAGAUAAUAUAUGAUGUUUCUAUUCUAUUACCAUAAAGUGCAGUGAAUUGUGUAAGAAUAUACAUCAAUGUUGUUAUACAGCCCAGAUUUUUUCCCUUGCUAGGUUAUCAUAUCCACAAAUUUAAAACAAAGCGUGAGUUUGUACAAAUGAAACAUA